AUGGUCUCCACGCGACACCACCCUAGGGAGUUUCCCUCACCUGAAAAGGCAUCGAAGGAACUGGUCAAGUCUUCACCCGCCACCACGACCAACGGCAGCUCGCGCAAAUGGGUACAUACACCUUCCGUUGCGCUCACAAUCUGGCUUGUCAUUUCCGCCGACUGCACUCGCCCAUCUGGACCCCCCUAUGCGCUCUACGGUACGGUCGAUUAUAUCUAUGGCUGGCCUGCCUACAAUGCGCGCAAUGGUUUCACAGCUGCGCAGACUGUGAUGAACAUUGUUGAGACCAUCGGCUACCUCUACUACUUGUGGAUCGUAUACUUCUAUGGCUCCACGGUCACGAGCGGUCGUAAUGCGCGCAAGACGGAGAAGGGCCUUGUGUGGAUGUUGACUGGCGACAAAGUCGUCCCUGGUCGUAUUGGCGCGAUUGCGCUCCUGGUCGCAUACACUGCCUCGGCGAUGACUCUGAGCAAGACCAUGCUUUACUGGCUGAAUGAGAUCUUCUCGGGCUUCGACAACAUUGGUCACAAUGAUAUGUCGGCUAUAAUCUUCCUGUGGAUCAUUCCCAAUGGACUCUGGAUCGUCUUCCCUACCUACAACGUGUAUUGUCUUGGCCUGGAGAUCUUGAAUGCACUUGAACAGGCGACACCGCGCGGGAAGCCCGGCCGCCCGAAAUCCACAUAA